UCUAACAAGUGGAGCUGGAAGAUAGGUGUGGGGACAAAAGCCCGAGCAAAGGUGUCCGGAGUGGGCCCUGAGGAUGUCCUUCCCCGUGCUCCCAGGUGACCAGGUGGGAGACUCCAGGCCACCAGCAUUGCUGCAGGGGGGCUGGCUGUGCCGUCCAGAAAGAUGCGGACCAGCCGUACUGCGAGCGCCCGGGCCUGAAAUUCCCCACUGGCCGCGGCAGGGGGUGGCUCCGAGUCUCCCAGGAGUGUAACGGGGUCUAAAGAAACGUAGCGAUGCACUGCUAGUCCAUGGGCUGUGGCCGCGGGCAGACACUUUUGGGGUACGUGUAGAACAGGGGUGUGUAACUGGAACAGAUCCAUGGAGUGGCUUCAGUGGAAUGCACAAUAUUUUGUAUUUUUCUGAGAAAAUGUUAUCAUAUUUUAAAGAGGUCCUCGACUCUUUCCCAUCCCAGACUCCACAUCCCCCCUCACCCGCAAAAGUUAAGAAAUUGUAUUGAUUCUUGGGCUCCUGGACUUCUUAGACUAGGAGAACGGGUAAGAAAAGCGGGGAGACGCUAAACCUCUUAACAGAGGGAGGAAUUGCGUGUGGCUUACGGUCGGGAGUGUCACUGAAACUACAACUCCCAGAGAUCGUUGCGGCAAAGCCCGAGCUUAUUAGCCGGUGGGAAGGACACUCUCUUAACGUGACACACGCAGAAACCAAUAGGCAGACAGUAUUGCUGAGCUUUCCCGCCCAUCGCUCACCUAUCAGAGACGUGGAAUCGAAGCUUCCGGUACCCGCUCCGGACUUCGAAUCCGCAGUGGGUGAGUUGGGGCGGCUCUGGGAAUAUUGAUUUUUCUGUGCGACAGUGAGUCCAAAGAUAACCUUCGUCAGAAAGGAUGGAGUUGGGAAAAGGAAGGCUGCUCAGGACUGGGCUGAAUGCAUUGUAUCAGGCAGUACACCCAGUUCACGGCCUCGUCUGGACCAAUGGGAACCAGGUGGUCCUGACUGACGUACAGCUUCAGGGGGGAGAGGCCAAGUUCGGGGACUCAGAGGUCAUCGGACAGUUCGAACAUGUGUAUGGGGUGUCCUGGGCCCCACUCGGUGCGGCUGACAUGCCCCCUCUGCUCGCUGUCCAGCACACGCAGCAUGUCACCGUGUGGCAGCUGUGCCCCAGUACCGUGGGGACCGGCAAGUGGCUGAUGUCUGAGACCUGUGAGAUCAGAGAGUCACUCCCCGUCCUUCCCCAGGGCUGUGUGUGGCACCCACAGAGCGCUGUCCUGACUGUGCUGACCGCACAGGACGUCUCCGUUUUCCAUGAUGUCCACCGUGACAGUUCCCGAGUGAGAGCGGACAGCAGCAUCCAGGGCCCUGUUCACUGUGCGUGUUGGACCCAGGACGGCCAGAGGCUGGUGGUGGCAGCGGGCAGCAGCCUGCAUUCUUACAUUUGGGACAGUGCUCAGAAGACUCUUCGCAGGUGCUCCUCCUGCUCGGUGCUGGACGUGGGCAGCUCUGUGCGCUCCGUCAGAGCCACCGGCGACUCCCAGGUCGCCGUGGCCACUGAGCUGCCGCUGGGUCAGCUUUGCGGCUUACAUGCAUCUGAAGCACUCGACGGUCCACCUCCUAGGGAAGACGCUUGUCCGACUGAUGACACCGUUAUCGAUGACGUGUUCCCUGUGGAUAAGGGGGCCGUCCCUUCUCAAACAGAUUUGGACACAUCAGCGUCUCCCUUUUCUCCUUCUUCGUCAGCUCCUCUGGAUCUAACUCAUAUAGUUUUCAACAGAUCGAAGUCUGAAGGUAAUGCCCCAAUUUGUGUAAGAAAAAAGGACUACUUGACAGGAACGGGCCUGGAUUCCUCCCAUUUGGUCCUGGUGACUUUUGAGAAGGAGGUCGCCCAGACCAGAAGAGUCCCCAUCCCGGGCAUCCUGGCUCCUGAUCUAAUCGCGUUUAGUAUUAAAGCACAGGUUGUGGCGGUGGCUUCCAAUACUUGUAAUAUAAUUUUUAUCUAUUCUGUCAUUUCAUCGUUUAUGCCAAACAUCGAGCAAAUUCAGUUAGAGAGUAGUGAAAGGCCAAAAGGCAUAUGUUUCUUGACAGAUAAAUUAUUACUAAUUUUGGUAGGAAAACAAAAAUCCAAUGAUCCGACAUUCCCUCCUCCUUCCAAGUCUGACGAGUAUGUCAUUCACUUGAUCGUCAGAGAAGUAGUGUUGGAAGAGAAAUUUCCAAUAACACAGAGUGGAAACCAGAGUGGCUACUCUACUUUCAGUUCUCUGUUAAAUAAGGCAGAGGGGAGACAGCUGAUGGAAAGUCUUUCCCCAGAUAUUUGUCCCCCAAACAGAGGGCUCUUGUUAACCGCUGAUAGCCGUGGUCGAGGUGGAAGGCCCGGAAGCGCCCUUAUUGAAGAAAUCAGAAGUCCUCCGUCCAGCGCUGGCGAUGGCUCCGUAGCCCUGGGAACUCCAGACACCGGGCCUGCCAACGAGUCUGAGACCCUGCCCAGACCCAGCAACGCACCAGACCACACCAGCACCCCAGCGCCUCUGAAUGCUCCUCAAAGAAAGAACCUACAGCGGGAAGAGGAAACUUACCGGCCGUCUAAGGAACUGGAAGUUCUGUCUAGGAAACUGGUUGAAGUACAGCAGUGUCUUACUGAACUCACAGCCUUCCUGCAUAAUGGAAAGAAAUCCUCGCCAGUGUAUCCACUCUCUCGGGAUCUGCCUUAUGUCCACAUCUUUUACCAGAAACCUUACUGUGUGGGUCCCGUGGUUGAAACAAGAGACAUGCUUCUCUGCAAUGGCAAACUAAGGCUCAGUACCAUUCAGCAGACUUUUGGCCUCUCUCUUGUCGAAAUGCUGCAUGGCUCCCACUGGAUCCUGCUCUGUGCCGACAGCGAAGGCUUCAUCCCGUUGACCUUCACGGCCGCGCAGGAGGUAAUCGUGCGCGACGGCAGCUCCAGGUCAGACGUCUUCAGAGACUCUCUGUCUCAGAGCCUGGAUUCUGGCCCUUGUCUCGACGUCUGUAGGGACCUUCAAGCCCAGAGUUUGGAUUCCACUGGCUAUUCUGACCAUUUGGGCAGUACGGCCUGACCCUUGUUUGUAGAGUAUUCGCUGCGCCGCUUCUCGGAUGAGACCUUUGAAGACCUGUGUCCACUGUGGACUCUCCCCGGCCGGGAUUUGCGCCCUGCUCUGAGGUGACGCACUCGCCCUGGCCGGCUGCCCCCUGCCCCCCAGGCUCCCUGCGGCAGGGCAGAUGGCUCCCAAAGUGCUUGUUCACGUGUUCACGACCGGUUUUGUCUGAAGGCAGAGUUCCCAGAACGAGACAGUACGAGGGUGCCGUACGGAUUGUGUUUUAUGGUGUCUCGGAGGCUUUCUGUCUCCUGCCCGAAGCUGGGUCAGAGCUGUCUCAGAAGCAAAGCACUUAAAAGGUGCCGCGGCACUGUUGCAGACCUUUCUAGGGGCUCAGGGGAGGGUGAGGGGUGCCCGCUUCACCCCGAACCAGCAGGAGUCGCCAGAGCUCCAAGGGAGACAGACACACAACACACUGGCUUCGCCCCCAGGGCUCCCUGGGGCGGGAGCUAGUCAUGAUGCUGGCUGGACCUCCCGCAGUUUAAACAUGGCCUUCCUGCUUCUUUAGAACAUUCUGGCUGACUAAGGUCCAGAUGCUCUUCAAAAGUGGCCCUGGGCAGAUUGUGAGGGGCCCCUCAAGUCCCCCCACUCCAGCUCGUGCUGAUGUUGCUAGUGCGCUGCCAAGCACGGGGGAGGUCUAAGGUGUGAUUUUGUGUUCUUGCCACUUCUGAUUUUCUCCAUGAGGGUUUUGGGUUUUUUUUCCAGUUUGGGGAUUAUAAAAGUGUCCUGUUUUUCCCCAUCAAUUCUUAAAUUGUCACUUUAAUUUCGGUAUUUUUCUUUCAUUCAAGUCUUAGACACCAGCAUAGAGUCUGUGAGAGAAAGUAUUUCAGGCAGUUGGAAAUUUCACUGAAUCCGAGGUAGGUCUAAACGGUACCGGUUAUUGUCACUACAGGCCGAAGGGCCAGCUUAGGAUAGCGGAGAGAGCCCUGACCCCCGACCUCAGACAGGCACAGCUGCUCCCCGCCCCCCGGCACGGCUGCAAGUGUGGUUCCUUGCAGCCCGGCAAACGGCCGGUGUGCGGCCAGAGCGCACCCGCAGGUCAGUGGUUUUGGCCGUAGACGCUACAUUAGUGCACAGGCAUUUUUUCCAUUUCCUUUAAAAUUAUCUGGAAAGAAAUAUUUUGUGCCUUUGGGGACCCCUGUCUGUUGCAGCUGAUGAAGAUGGAGCUGGGCUAGGGCAGAAACAAGGGCCCAUUUUGUGGUUCAAGUGCAUUAGAGAGCUGCUGGGAUAAUGGAAGUGGAGGCCGCUUGUCUGGGAUCGGCUGCCCGAGAGCAGCGGCCCGGACCAGUCUGAGGCCUGGCUCCGUUUUCUGUUUUCCGGGCGGGAUGAAAGCGCACUUCUCUGAAGACCAAAGAGGGGGCUGGGGACCCUGACGUAACAAGGUCAAGGCGGGUGCCUCAAGGUGUAUGUCGUAAUCAGCAUUUCACUGGUCAGAAUCCUGUGAGUAUGUUCAAUAAAAUCACUCGUGGCUGAUGCAGCUAUUGUGAAUGUUAUUAAAUAUGUUAUUGUUGCUCUAUUACAGUUGUCCCGGUUUCCGCCCCUUUGCCCUCUGCCAGCCCACCCUGCUGUGAGUGUUUGGUGGCGUCUCCUGUGUGAUUAUCGCUGGUCUACAGAAAUGUCCUUGCACUUCUGUGUGUGUAUGUCGUCUCUGUAUCUCUUCUUCCGGUGGCCGUGGCACCAGAAAGGGGUUAGCCGGAGUGGGUCUGCCUUGGGCCAGCUGGUCGGGCGUGGGUGCUUGACUUUGUGCAGGAAAGACCUCACACCAGGAGUCCGGUGAUUUGGGGAGGACGCUUACUAAGGCUGGGACAGGGAAACGAAGGGAGGGAGGGCCGAGGGUGGAGGCCGCCUCGGGAGAGAGCCUGGGCAGUGCUCUGCCUUGGCUCUCUAGACACGUUACAGGGAAGACGUGGGCCAUGCUGGGCUGCCGGGACUCGCUGGGGAGUCAAGGUCACAGUGACUCCUCAGCUGCCGCUGUCCAUUGUUCCCUUGGGUGCAGGUCUCACUGGGACGCUUACAGCUUAGGACAGAAGAAGCAGAGGACACACCCGAGGAAAGGGCGUGCGGGCGUGCUCCAGGAAGAGCGCACCCACGUUCGUUGUAUCAGCAGUCCACUGGGUACUCACGGGGGACCGCCUGUGGGGCUCCCCGGUUUUCUCUCUGUGCAGCUCGCUCCUCCGCAGCAUCCUGUCCUGCAAACUGGCCGUUUUGGUCCCCAGACUCCUCCCAGGGAGCCCUCUGUGCCCCAGAGAGUCUCUCCCCUGUCACCUGGGACCUCACAAGGCCAGGGCAGUCGUGAGAGUCGCCUUGUUCGUGUCCCCUCUCUCUGAUGAUGACUCCUCCACUGCCUGAGGCCCAGGGUCUCGACAAGGGUUUCUCCAUGGAUUUUGUCCAGUUUUUCUUACUGCUUCGGUCAAGAGGCUAGGUCUGGUCUCUGCUACCCCAGCAUGCCCAAAAGCAGAAGUCUUUCCACAUCUUGUUCAUUUAUGUCUAGAUGCUUUGUAUUUUUUUGUUGCUACUGUUAAUGAUAGGUUUCAAAAAUUAUGUUUUAUAACCGUUGCUGGCAUGUUAAAAUGCAGUUCAUUUUCAUUUUAUAUCAACUACCUUGCUAUGCUUUUAUUAAUUCUAACGAUUUAUCUGGAGAUUCUUUUGGAAUGUCUGCAGGCAGUCAUCACUUACAAAUAACGACAACUUUGGUUUUUUUCUUUCUUAUACUAUUGUCUUACUGUACUGGCUAGAUCCCCCGACAAAGCGCUGACUAGAAGCAGUGAUAGCGGGUACCUUCCUGCGUUCCUGACUUUAAAGGGGCUGGCUCACUGUCAAGAAUGAUGCUUGCUGAUAGAUUUUUAGUAGACAUCCUUUCUCAGUUUAAACAUUUUUCUGUUCUAUAAAUACCUUUAUUAUUCAAUGGCUAUUAGACUUUUAUCAAAUUAUUCUUUCUGUAUGAAGAUUAUACUUUUUUCCUCCUUUAAUCUGUCAAUGUGGUAAAUCUUGAUAGAUUUUUCUAAUGUUAAACCUUGAAUUCUUGGAAUAAGCCCACUAUGUUCAUGGUAUAUUUAUUUUUUAGGCAUUGUUAGACUCAGUUCACUGAUACUUUGUUUAGGAUUCUUGCUUUUGUGUUCCUGAGUGAGAUCGGCCUGUGAAUUUCCUUUCUUUUUUACCGUCCUUGUCUCGUUUUGGUAUCAAGCUUAUUCUGGCCUGAUGUAAGGAGUGGCAAAGUGUGUCUUUUUCUUUUCUCUCUCUCUCUCUUUUUUUUUUUUUUGAGUUGACUUUUUUUAUUCCCUGGAAGGGUUUGCAUAAGAUAGGAAUGAUCGUUGUUUGAAAGUUUGAUGGAAGUUGGUAAAAACCCUUUGGAUCUGGUAUUUUCUUUGUAGGAAUU